AUGAAAACGGUGAUAGUACUAUUGACGUUAUUGUGUGGUGUGUUAAGUUUCCGGACCCAAUCAAUUGCAAUACGUGGUCGAUUACUGUGCGGCUCGAAUCCGGCUUCCAAUGAACGUGUAAAGCUCUGGGAAAAAGAUACUGGACCGAGUCCAGAUGAUUUGCUUGAUCAGGGUUAUACGGAUCAAAAUGGUGAAUUUAUGCUCAAGGGUGACACUGUAGAAUUGACACCAAUUGAUCCUGUUUUCAAGGUUUAUCACGAUUGUGACGAUGGAAUCAAGCCUGGCAAAAGAAAGGUGAAAUUCAAGAUACCACAGACAUACAUUACCAAUGGAAAAACGCCGAAUAAAACUUUCGAUAUUGGUGUUUUAAAUUUGGAAACGAUAUUUGGCGUAAGUUUGGCAUGA